GGUUAGGUUUAUAUCUCUUUUAUACUUGACUAUAACAAUUUACUACUUAAAUACCCAAAAUAAACCAUUGAGUUUAUCAUUUUGUUUUGUUAACACUUUCGCCUGAAGCAAUUUAACUCAAUUUAAAGUCAUAUAUAUCUAAUGUCAUUAGUGGGAUUAAAGAAUCAAAUCGCAGGACUCAUCAAGAAGAAUACCUCUGAUGAAGAAUUAGAACAUGUUGAUCGUUUGUUAAAUCAAGGAGUCUCACCAUAUGGUGCCACCGAAAACUCCGAUAGAGCCCAAGAAGUUGCCAAUGAAGAGGCCAUUCUUAAUGCUGUUGAAGGCAAAGAUGAUGAUGAAGAUCAAGAUAAUGAUGGAUUUUUCAAUAACUUUGAUCCAAGAGUCAUGUCUGAUAUAAUUAUAGGGUUAUCUGAUGGAUUAACUGUGCCGUUUGCAUUGACCGCAGGGUUGUCCUCCUUAGGUGAUACCAAAUUGGUCAUCACUGGUGGUAUGGCUGAAUUAGUUUCAGGUGCCAUUUCUAUGGGUCUUGGUGGUUAUUUGGCUGCUAAAUCUGAAGAGGAAUAUUAUAAAUCUCAAGUCAAGAAGGAAAAGCUCGCCUUUUUCAAAAAGCCAGAAACCAUAAAUCAAGAAGCUGCAGAAAUCAUGUUUGAAACUGGAGCUUCAGAAGCUACCAUUUCAUCAUUCUUAAAAGAUUUAGAUUCUCAACCUAAAAAUUUAAUCGAUUUUGUUAUUAGAUUCGGUAAAGGUUUGGAAGAACCUGCUGAAGGUAGAGAAAUCACAUCCGCAUUAACCAUUGGUACUUCAUAUUUCUUGGGUGGAUUUGUACCAUUACUCCCAUAUUUCUUUUGUUCUGUGGUGAAGACUGGGUUACUCGUUUCUGUUGCAGUCAUGUUGGUCACGUUAUUCAUCUUUGGAUAUGUGAAGACCUCUCUCUCAUUGGGUGAAGAUUGUGGAACUGCUAAAAAGGUGAGUGAAGGUGCACAGAUGGUUGCGAUUGGGUCUGUUGCCGCUGGUGCUGCAUGGACCUUGGUCUACUUUAUAGAGUGAUUUCAACGUUAAAAAUGAAUGGAUAAUGAAGGCUUUGAUUGAAGUGAUUGAUACAAGGGAAUUCUUAAGAAUAUGAUGGGAAUUAUGGAGAUCGAUGUGAAUUAAUAAAACACUAUUGAAUCUCCAACAAGAUUUUCACAAUUAUUCUUUAUUUUAUUUCAUUGAACUACCUUGCUUGGGGUUACUGGAGAUCUUACGAAAACAUCCAUAUUGAUUGUAUAUUAGAAAGAGCAGUAAGUCUGCAUAAGAAUAAUAAAUUUAGAGAAUAA